CGGCCCGUUCCGGCCAUGGCGGCGCGCUAGCCGGCGGCACCAUGCACUCGGACGACGUGGUCUGGGACACGCUGGGGAACCGGCAGUUCUGCUCCUACAAGAUCACGACAAAGACCCAGAACUUCUGCCGCAAUGAGUACAACCUGACAGGGCUGUGCAACCGCUCCUCCUGCCCGCUGGCCAACAGCCAGUAUGCCACCAUCAGGGAGGAGAAAGGCCGCUGUUACCUGUACAUGAAGACCAUAGAGCGGGCGGCCUUCCCGCGGCGGCUGUGGGAGCGGGUGCGGCUGAGCAAGAACUACGAGAAGGCGCUGGAGGAGAUCGAUGAGAACCUCAUCUACUGGCCGCGGUUCCUGCGGCACAAGUGCAAGCAGCGCUUCACCAAGAUCACGCAGUACCUCAUCCGCAUCCGCAAGCUCACACUCAAGCGACAGAGGAAGCUCGUUCCUCUGCGCAGGAAGAUUGAAAGGCGAGAGAACAGAAGAGAGGAGAAAGCCCUGAUUGCUGCCCAGCUGGAUAACGCCAUUGAGAAGGAGUUACUGGAGCGACUGAAGCAGGACACGUAUGGAGACAUCUACAACUUCCCCAUCCACGCCUUUGACAAAGCUCUGCAGCAGCAAGAGGAGGAAAGUGAGAGCGAGUCUGAUGCAGAGAAGGAAGAAGACGAGGAGGAGGAGGAGGACAUGGAUAAAAGAGAGUUUGUGGAAGCAGAUGACAGUGACCUCAGUGACUUUGAGGACAUGGAUAAGUUGGAGACUAGUGAAGAGGAGGAAGAAGUAGAGAAGAAAGCCUCUGCCUCCAAAUCUAAAGGGAAAACUCCCCUGAAAGGACCUGCCAGAAGAAAACGGCCCUAUAUUGAAAUAGAGUAUGAAGAAGAAACAGAGCCAGCCACCAGGACAAAAGCAGCCUGACUCCUUCCUGCACUCACACUUGGUACCGAAUGACAGGACUCUCCAUCUGUCACUGCAGCUCCCUCCGGCUCACACCACUGUGUAGGACCCUCAAAAAUUGCUCCUUUUUCCAUACUCCAGACUAAUACAAUUCUCUUUAAAAAAAGGAGGUUUCUGUCCCAGCUCCAGGCAACUGCAGCGCGUUUGUACACCUGCAUGAAGCGCAGUUUUGAGGAAGAGGAGUCCCCACCUUCUCCACAACCACACAGGGCUCAGCUCUGGGAAGGAACCUGGACUGAGGGGCCCUGCUGCCUUGUUCUGGGGUGGAGUAGCCCGUGUGGCCAGGGGAGCACAGGAGUGUUUCGUGUGUGGGAGCAGUAUGGGGCUAAUGGGUGGGAUGAGAAAGACGGUAACUUUUAAAUAAAUAAACCCAGUUUACUGUACAAA